GGAGCUGGACAGGCUGGGCCAACGGGUUGGGCAGCAUAGCCGGGCCUGUGCUCAUCUCCAGCAUAAAACUCCACUUCAUGGAGCCUGCACCUCGCUCCUGCUUCAACACUUCUGCCACCGCCGACCCCAGUCCUGUGCCCCAGCCAGGCCUGAGGACAUGAGGCAUCCCGCUGCGGUGCCACUCCUGCUGCUGCUGUGUUUUGGGUCUCAGGUGGCCAAGGCAGCAACAGCCUGUGGGCACACCAGGAUGCUGAACCGAAUGGUGGGCGGGCAGGACGCGCAGGAGGGCGAGUGGCCCUGGCAAGUCAGCAUCCAGCGCAACGGAAGCCACUUCUGCGGGGGCAGCCUCAUCGCGGAGCGGUGGGUCCUGACGGCCGCGCACUGCUUCCCCAACACCUCUGAGACGUCCCUGUACCAGGUCCUGCUGGGGGCAAGGCAGCUAGUGCAGCCAGGGCCGCACGCUGUGUAUGCCCGGGUGAGGCGGGUGGAGAGCAACCCCCUGUACCAGGGCAUGGCCUCCAGUGCCGACGUGGCCCUGGUGGAGCUGGAGGAACCAGUGUCCUUCACCAAUUACAUCCUCCCCGUGUGCCUGCCCGACCCCUCGGUGAUCUUUGAGACGGGCAUGAACUGCUGGGUCACUGGCUGGGGCAGCUCCAGUGAACAAGACCGCCUGCCCAACCCGCGGAUCCUGCAGAAACUCGCCGUGCCCAUCAUUGACACACCCAAGUGCAACCUGCUCUACAGCAAAGACGCCGAAUUUGGCUAUCAACCUAAAACCAUCAAGAAUGACAUGCUGUGCGCCGGCUUUGAGGAGGGCAAGAAGGACGCCUGCAAGGGCGACUCGGGCGGCCCUCUGGUGUGCCUCGUGGGUCAGUCAUGGCUGCAGGCCGGGGUGAUCAGCUGGGGUGAAGGCUGCGCCCGGCAGAACCGCCCAGGUGUCUACAUCCGUGUCACCGCCCACCACAACUGGAUCCAUCAGGUCAUCCCCACACUGCAGUUCCAGCCAGCGAGGUCGGACGGCCAGAAGCCAGACCCUCGGGGCCAGGAGCCCCUUGAGCAGAGCUCUGCACCCAGCCUGGCUGCCCACACCAUCCUCCUGGUUCUCCCAGCGCUGCUGUUGCACCUCUGAGCCCCACCAGACUCAUUUGUAAAUAGUGCUCCUUCCUCCCCUCUCAAAUACCGUUAUUUUAUUUAUGUUUCCUCCAAUAAAAACCCAGCCUGUGUGCCAGCUG